AUGGCGUUAGGGUAAGGACCUUAAAUUCCAUAUUCAGUCUUGGACUGUCUGAGCAAAGUUUAAGCCACCACCGUAGUGCGCCGGCCUCGAAGCAAUUUUGCCAACUCGCAGUCUCGACUGUUCUUCUUCGGCAGCUUAUCAGGUAUCUAGAGUUAAAAUGAGUCUGGUUGACGAAAGAACCAUAUUGAGGAGCAUCGUAACAAAACAGGAUCGUCUGUACCUCCUCAAUAAGGUGAUAGGCGCUCGUUUAAUCUCGUAUGAGAUAAAGAACUUCUUCGUGCCAGAAUCAUACUACACUGGAACUAUCCGAUUUGACAACGAGACACAAAAAGAAGCCUGUUUUUUCAAAUUUGCACAGAAUGAAGGAGAAGUAGCUAAGCAUAUUUUUAAAGCAGCUUCCAAAUUGAAUCAAGAUGGAAUCCUACAGCCCUGGUUUCUCACCAAUAACAAAUUAGAGAAGACGUGGAUUUUAUGUUACGAGCACUUCAACUCUCUUCUCAGUGAGCUACCAGAUAACAAAAUUUUUGAGCUGCCUGAAAAUUGGCGUCUCUCUGUUAGGAACUCUAUGAAGACCAUCAAGUACAUACAUGAACGCUAUCUUCUUCAUCUGGGUUUAAAAAAAAGAAGUAGCUACGCCCUAAUUAAUGACAGGAAGAAUGGUUUCAAAAUCAAAAUCCUCUUUGAUCGUAAUUCAUCGACUGAGAAUUCGGUGUACGACAUAAAAAAGGCAAAGUUGGAUGAUUGGAAAGAUUAUAAGGACGUGCUGGAGUUUCUGUUGAAGUCAUUGCCACAAACGGAUGACCUAAAGUUGUUUCUAAAUUAUUUUGGUCUGGACCAAAAAGGGAAAUAUGAUGUAUUCGUUGAUCGACUCAUUGCACAUCCUUUUCUCUUGUGUGCUGAAGAAAACAUGAAUUUUAUUGCAAACGUACAGCAUGCCAUUAUUACCCAAAGGAUCAGUUUUUUAAGUGGUGAAAAAUUCAAAGAGUAUGAGAAUUGGGAUAAGAAACUUGAUGAUUGGCUGAAAGGUAUAUACUCACAGCAAAUAGUAGAUGGAUUCAGUUAUAACGUCAUGAGUGUAACAGGUCUCAUUUGGUUUUUGAGAGAUGUUUAUGUCCACAAUUGUGAUAAAUUUGAAGAGGUUGAUUGUCACUUGAUGCAAUCGUUUCCUGGGUUAUACGGUCAGCUUUACGAAUCUUUAUGAAGGUAUUACUACAUAUUUAUUGUGAUUGAUAUGGAAGUUAGCUUAAGGGGAAGAGACUGUCAGUGCAAAGACUGAAUCAAAGGCUGAAACAGUGGAGAAAUCUGACACCUGAAAUGAAGCCGAAAAAUCUGAUUCCGCAGCGAACAAGGAAAGUGAGAAUCCACCUCCACCAAAAAAUUGAAGUUCCUCUGGAAUGAAUUUGAGAUGUGCACAAGGCCAGAGGUUAUCCCUGCAAAUGCAGGGGUGUGUCCUUUGCAUACAUAAGCUGAGAACUAGAGUUGGGGAGCAUGUGGCGAUGAGGAAGCUUUAAAAUGAUUUCAGCAAUUAUAUAGCAGUAAUCGUGGUUUCAGCGAUAUCUUAUCAUUUGAUGCAAAACAAAGAUCCAGUGUAUCGUAAUGGAAAGCUUGUUAUAUCAUCAACAAGUUAAGUGUCAGCAUUGAUGUUCCUGGAGAAGAGACAUAUCAUUUUCAGCCUCGCCUGUUUGGAAAGUGCAGAUUUGAUGUUUUGUCUACCAAAGUUGACAUUCGCCUGGCCAAAGCUGAACCUAUACAUUCAAGAGAUGUCCAGUUCAGCAAGGAUAACCCUGUUCCACUAAAGGUUAAUGCCCCAGUUAUUGGCGUCCAAAGGCCAUCUUACCCAUCCUCCAAACCAAAAUGGGUAGAUUGGGACAAGCUUGAAGCCCAAGUGAAUUAGGAAAAAGAUGAGAAGCUUGAUGGUGAUGCAGCUUUGAACAAAUUUUUCCAAGACACAUUCAAGGAUGCUGAUGAGGACACAAGAAGGGCCAUGAGAAAAUCUUUUUGUACCAGGUGGAGUUGAACGGAACGGUGCUUUCGACAAUCUGGAAAAAAGUGGGCACCAAGAAGGUCGAGGAAAGUGCUCCUGAUGGUAUGGAGAUGAGGAAAUGGGAGUACCAAGAGCUCAAGUUGGACAGUGCUUGUAACCUAUUUGGAGUGCCUUUCAUUUUGGUGGACGCUGUUUAGUUUUCUCUUUCAGUUAGUGUCUAUUCUUUUGCUGACGGUCACCUAGGUCGGUUUUUGCUUGCGGUCUUUCGUGUUUUGUUAUGUACUCAGUACUAUCAAAAUCUGGAACAAGGUUACCUUUAUGCUCCUGAAUUUCUUGGUGAUCUGAUUCUAUGUCUUCCUUAGUUCUGCUUGUGAGCCAACGCAUACAUGACUAAACUGCUUUGUGAAACCUUCUU